AUGGCUACUUUUCGGAAAUUCUUCCAAAUAAGAGACCUUGAAACGACAGGAAACUUCUCUGUUUAUUCUGGAUUCGAUCCUACUUGUGACAGCCUACAGUUGGGAAACCUUGUGGCUGUUUGUGGUUUGCUUCGUUGUCACUUAUCUGGCAAAGAUAUAGUUGCAGUUGUUGGUGGAUCUACUAGUAUCCUGGGUGAUCCUACUGGCAGAACUAAAAAACGUGAAUACCAAUCCUUGGAACAGUAUGCUUCCAAUUCUAGUCUCAUAGAGCACAAUCUGAAUCAGAUAAUCCAUAAUUACUGGACACAAAUUGUCCCAGCUUUAUCGAUCUCUGGAAAGCUAGGUUCAGUUAAUGUCGUUAACAAUUCCGAUUGGCUGACUCACAAAAAUGUGGUGGACGUUUCGUGCGAAGUUUUGCCGCACUUCAAGUUGUCUGAAUUAUUGGAAAAAGAAAGCGUUAAAAUAAGAAUGGAAAGUGGAAAUACUAUGGAUCUUGGGGAAUUUUUUUAUCCAAUCGUACAAGCAAUAGACUUCCUAUACUUACAUGAAAGGUUUAAUUGUUAUGUGCAGGUUGGUGGGCAUGAUCAGAUCGGCAACAUAACUUGUGGAUUGAACCUCAUCUAUCGCAAACUUGGUCGGCGUGCUUUUGGCUUAACUGUUCCUCUGCUGACUACCCCAGAUGGUCAGAAAUUAGGAAAAUCUGUUCCCAACUCGGAGUGUGGAAUGGAUACUAUAUGGUUAAUGAGUGAAAAACUGAAACCUUACAAUUUCUACCAAAAGAUUUUAAAUUUGCCUGAUAGUAUUAUAUCCGAUAAACUGGUUCGUCAGUUGACCUUCUUUGGACCUGAGGAAAUAGAUGAAUUGUUAACUAACCAUAAAAAGCAUCCUAAUCGUCGUAUAGUUCAAAAGGCUCUGGCAAAAGAACUCACUUUACUAGUUCAUGGAGUCUAUGCUUUACAAGCUUCAGAACUUGCAACUCGAAUAUUUUUUCCUAUGAGUUCUGUAAAUUGCCCGAAUGAUAGCCUGCCAGUUGAUAAAACCAGUCUGGAAAUAAUUCAAAAUGAACUGAGUAGUUCAGAACGUAACUAUCUCUUCUCCUGCUUGAAACCAUCUGCACAAUUUCUGCCAGUUAUUUAUCCCAAAGAUUUCACUGAUUCUUUGAAAAGAUCUGGAAAUGAUUAUAGUCAACUUUUAGAAAGUGUUUUAGAUCUAAUUAUGCUGACCUCAAACUUUAAAGAUCGAUCUGAAGCUUUACAAACAUGUUUCAUGAGAGGUGUUGUACUAAAUAAUGUUAACCUUUUAAAGAAGGGCAAUAAAUUUGAAAUGUCACCCGAAAAUAUACAAGCAGCAUUUAGCAGAUUUGAUCAAACCACCGGUUUAGGUAUCUUACGACUAGGUAAAAAUGAACAUUGGUUUGUCGCAACUAAAUCGAAUUUCACUCAAUAG